GUGCUGAGUCCCGAGUAUGUAAGAUCCCAUCUUACUGCAUAAGACAGGCUGCGCAAACCGUUAAAAAAAAAAGGGGGGGGGGGAGCUGAGGUAUUGUUUCAAGAACCAAAACAAAGCAAACUUCCACAAAGUAUAGAGUAAAAUGACACAAAAAUAGAAUGUUAACUUAUCUUUAGCUGGCGCUUCAGAUUUACAUCGUAUGCAAGUUAACAAAAAUGAAAGUUAGCAAAAGACCCCAAACAUGAAACUACACUUUACAUAAUUUACUGGUCAGUGUGAAAUGGAACGUUUUGAUUGGUUAACAUGACUUCUGUUCUAAUGACCACUAAGGAAGCGCGAACAGAACCUUAUUUGCAUGGACUCCACCCCUAUGACGACACUAUUGGAUUUUAACCAAUAAAAACGCAGUACUGUGCUAGUCUUCAUUUGCAUGCAGGCUCUAUAAGUAGCACGUAACCAAGCCAUUUGCCGCAGUUGGGAUUGCUUCUAGUAGAGUGUUGCUUAUCUUCGUGCAAAAAUGCCGGAUCCAGCGAAAUCUGCUCCUGCUCCCAAGAAAGGCUCCAAGAAAGCUGUCACCAAAGUGCAGAAGAAGGACGGUAAAAAACGCAAGCGCAGCCGCAAGGAGAGCUAUUCAGUUUACGUGUACAAGGUGCUGAAGCAGGUGCACCCGGACACCGGCAUCUCGUCCAAGGCCAUGGGCAUCAUGAACUCGUUCGUCAACGACAUCUUCGAGCGCAUCGCGGGCGAAGCGUCCCGCCUGGCGCAUUACAACAAGCGCUCGACCAUCACGUCCCGGGAGAUCCAGACGGCCGUGCGCCUGCUGCUGCCCGGCGAGCUGGCCAAGCACGCCGUGUCCGAGGGCACCAAGGCCGUCACCAAGUACACCAGUUCGAAAUUCUGGUCAGGAUUUAGAACUUUUAAAAUCUACUGUCAGUGCACCUUCAACCAAAGAUCACCAGGAAGACACUCGUGGUUGAACAAGUUGGGUUUAUUGCUCCGCAGUGGGGGGCGCACACAUCACGGAGGACUGUGGGGUUCUCAGCAAGAGCCGGUUUGCCUUCUGCUGGGUCUGCAUGUCUAUCCCUUCUGGUAAGAUCCCCACUGUCCCGAGGAGCCUCAGCCUCCACUGCCCUCCCAGGCACUCAGAGUCAGCAAAAGACCAGCUGUGCUAUGAAGUAGCAGGAAAAUAUUUUGUCUCCAAACUGGAGCCCAAGUGGGAGAGUAAUGUAUCCUGAAUCAUCUAGGAAGUCAGAAGGGUGACGUGGACCUCCGGAAGCAGGAGCUGCGGCCUUGGGACAUCAUGGCCUCUCCCCAGUUGCAGGCUCCCCUUGGGGUGCAGCGCUUGGAGAGCCGGGUUUACUUUAUUCAGCAAAGCAGCAGCUACACUCGCCCUUCCUACAGGGAGGGGGACUGGGUCAGACAAGCAGGACCCCUGGUGUCUCUGGACACAGAGAGGUUAUGAGAAAACUUCAAAUGAAAAGGCAAAAACAACACACCCAUUUCUCAUCAUGAGCUACUCGCUGCAUCUCUGUAAGAUGUAUGGACGGAAAAGGGAAGAGCUUUGAAGUCACCAUCCUGAGCACCGGGAGGUGCGAGCGCUCUCGUUCUCACAGUCACUCAGAGUCACCUGUAGAUUCUGUUUCCUUCUUCUUGGUCUAUACGAUUCCCUCGUCUUCCUCAUAUUCUGCCCCCCACCUCUCUCUGUCCACCCCGUCCUCUCAUUGUCUCUCUCUGCAUUAAUCUCUUACCUAUGCACGCACUUACCUUUUCACCCUGUCCCCAGAAAGAAAUUACUGCUCAGAAUACCCUAAUAGGAUAAUCAGGCUCGACUCAACUUCCAAGUUUCUAAAGAUUUCUUUAGAGUAGGUCUCACUUCAAAUCAUACCUGAUUACCAAAUGUCCAAGUUUGCUUCCACUGAAGUCACCUCAUUUAUUUGCUUUUUAUUUAAGAGUCAGAUGUCAUGGGAUUCACAGUUCGAGUAUCUUUCAACUUCUGGGUGUCAGUGCCCGGCACUAACACAGAGAGGAAGGUGUGCGGCUGUCACGUCUGUGGACGCUGAGUCGCCGCCCUCCUCCCGGAGGGUCUCCUGGUGCGUCCUUUCUUGCUGCUGCUCUUCUCAGUCCUGACAUUUCAGCUCUUCUAAGUGACUAUCUUUUUGAAGGUAGGAAGUUAGCUUCUUCUCAUGACCAGAGUCCAAAGAGAUGUCUAAAUUCCACUUUUUCUUUCUUUGCAGUUCCUUAUGUAUCAUCAUACAGAAGGCAGUGUCCACCAAAAAUAUUACUCCUACUGUCAGAUAGAAAAGGACAUGAAACCAGACAGGAGCUGGCAACUGGGGGCCUGUAAAGGAAAACGGCAGAGAAGAAACGCUGUGUAGAAACCAGAGGGACCUGACGGAGUUACGUUUGGAAGAGAAGGCUGGCUGAGACCUGCUGUGUCUGUACCCAGUGGAGGCACCAGGGAUUUCAGGGGCUGGAGGGAGCUCCAGUGGGCCCUGCAGUGGACGGGCACGGGGCAGGCUCCUCAUAAGAGCUUAACUGCCAGGGUCUUGCCAGUGGACUUGCUUUCUAGUUUCACAGAGAACUGCUGUUUCUAUGCCAUUUAAUGCUUAGAAUGAAUUUAGGUUGAAGAUGAA